AACCAAUGUCAAGGCUGUUUUGAUCAAGGUUGAAAGGUCAUACCGAGCAUGGCUACUCGGUUAGGCCGGGUGCUCUCCAAAUCACCCCCUCUGUUUAGAGGGGCCACAGAUUCUUGUCAUGGAAGAUCUGCUGUUAUUAAGCAAAUACCUCACUUCCAAACUUAUAGCCAGAGAAAAGGCUUUUGUCGAUUGUUAUGUAGUAGAGCGCCCAAGACACAAAGACAUUUAUUUUCAUGGCUCUCAUCCUCAAAGCUCCAUAAACACCAGUGUGCUUGUAGACGUUCUCUUGUGACAACCAUCUACAAUCAUGAGCAACCGCCACAGCAAACCUCAACAAAUCCAUACCAGAUUGUACAGCAAGAGUUAUCUACCUUGUCAGAAGAUAUCAAAUUGUUGCUUAAAAGUUCCAAGAAAGAGAUUCAGGAGCUUGCUCAAUACUAUUUUGAUGGACAAGGGAAAGCAUUCAGGCCCAUGAUAGUUCUGCUUAUAUCCAAGGCCUGUAAUUUCCAUCAAGAAGCCAGUAAUAGGAUAUCACAGUCCCAACAUAAGGUAGCUUUGAUAGCUGAGAUGAUUCACACCGCCAGUUUGGUUCACGAUGAUGUUAUAGAUGGAGCAUAUACUAGGCGCAAUAAACCCAGCGUGAACAACCUGUGGGGCCAACGAAAAGCUAUUUUAGCUGGCGACUUUAUCCUAUCCGUGGCAGCUGUGACUUUAGCAAGGAUUAGGCAUGAGAAAGUGGUCAUCAUCCUAUCUCAGGUUAUAGAGGAUUUGGUCAGAGGGGAAUUUAUGCAAUUGGGAUCAAAAGAAGAUGAAAAUGAACGAUUUUCACAUUAUUUAAAGAAAACAUUUAAGAAGACUGCUAGUUUGCUUGCUAACAGUUGUAAAGCAGUUGCUGUUUUAGGUAACUGUGAGGAUGACCUUGUGGAGAUGGCAUACCAAUAUGGCCGACAUGUUGGCAUAGCAUUUCAGCUAAUAGAUGACCUACUAGACUAUAUAUCAUCAGAUGCUGUAUUAGGUAAACCUACCUCAGCUGAUCUCAGGUUAGGCUUAGCCACAGCUCCAGUUCUCUUCGCUGCUCAGGAGUACCCUGAAUUGAAUCCACUAAUCAUGAGACGGUUUUCUGAAGAGGGUGAUGUAGAGAGAGCAGUUGAAUUAGUUAAGCAGAGUGAUGGUGUGAGGCAGACCAGGAUGUUAGCAGAGAAACACUGUGAGGAAGCUGUACGUCUGAUCCAACAGCUAACAGACUCCCCUGCGCGUAGUGCUCUUAUACGAGUGGCUGAGAUAGUGCUGAGCAGAAACAAAUAAUGCAUUUCGUAGUUAGGUUACAGAGUUUUGACACUUUAUUUUUAUGUAAGCGGUACAUACAUGUUUACGGUAUCCUGGUAACGAGGAUUUGGGUCUAAUCUGGGUGAACACUAACCUGGGUUAAGAGGAGGAGCAGGCAGAAAUCAAGAAAGCUUUUGGGCAAAGUUUACAUAACCCUUAGUCACAUUGUUUCCUAUCAGUAGCAUGAAGUGGUAAUGCAUGUUGUAACUGUCAUUGUGUACCAUUUCCACAUUCAAGAUUGGGUGUUACAUCCGUAAUGUUAAGUGUUAUGACUCUCGUUGUGUACCAUGUCAACGUUCAACACCAGAUGUUAUUCCAUUAAUAAUGUUAUCACUUUCAUUCUGAGCCUCAUGAAUGUUGUGUCCUGCCCAGAAAUAUCAAUUCAACUUGUUUAAAGAAAUGUUCUCAUUGAAUUGAUCGUCCAAUUUCUAACUUAAGAUAAUAAUCAAACUAACUGCAGUCUUUUGUUGUUGACAUUCUUGUCUAUCUACCUCUUAUCAGUAGUCAAGAAUGGUGUGUUCCAGCAUAAUGUCCACAUUCCUGAAGUAUCGAGAAUUGAAUGUUGUCAACUUUGCCUCAGCAAUAGCAAUUUCUCCAGCCUGCCAGCUUGGUUAUAAGCAUGUACCUUUGGAAAAUGUUAGUACCAGGAAAAACGAAAUGAAAAACAGAUAUAUAAUACGUUUCCAGUAUUUGUGAUAUUUUUCCACUUUGACUGUCUUGGUUGUACAUUCCUGUAUUGUUUAACAGUAUGCAAAUUGUACAUCAACUAUCAAAGCAGGAAUAUCAUAUUUUUCCAGAAAGACUUCCUGCCAGCAGCCAAACUGUUGCAUUCUAUUUUAUUGCUUGUUUAAUUCGUUUAUAGGUUCAUGCCAUGUACUAUGUUUGUAAGUUCGAAAGAAUAGUUGUUUUUCCUUCUUCUCCAGAGACAUGCAUGUGAUCUGUGUUCACCCAGAUUAGGUGAAAGCUAGGCUACUAUUUCUGAAAGGUAACCGGGGUUUGGUGUACUCACUUGACACCUGUGGCUGGAACUUUUAUCAUUGUACAUGUAUGGUAUAUGUACUGAUUGAUUUUGUUUGCUGGUGCCUUCUGGGAGUCUUUAAGAUUUCCAGUAUCAAAUGCACUGAUCUUUGGAAAGCUUUAAUUUAAGAGAAACCCAAGGAAUUCAUUGAGUGAUGAAAAAUAAUUAAAAUGGGUCAGACAGCAAAUUAUAAAUCCAGAAACAGAUUCCACUGUUAUUAGUAUAAUUUGUGCUGGAGGCAUACGGUGUAGUCAGACACGCUGCUAAAUUAUUGUUUUCUUAUUUUUCUUCUCAGGGCCAAUGCUGGUAUGAAGUAAGCUUUAAGUGCUCUUAAAACUUAGCUUUGUCUUACAGUUGAAAUUUUCUUCAGCCCUGUUUGAUGCACCAACAAACUGUUUGACAGCAAGAACGUGCUGAGAAGAAGUAAUAUGGCAAAUCAUGA